AUGCAUCAGGUAAAGCUAAUGCAUCAAGCAGGCUAUGAGCUGGGGAACCUUGAUGCUACAUUGAUCUUGCAAAAACCAAAAAUUAGCCCAUUCAAGGAGACUAUCCGAUCUAACUUGUGUGAACUACUCGGGGCGGAUCCAUCUGUUGUCAAUCUCAAGGCCAAGACGCAUGAGAAAGUCGACAGUCUAGGAGAAAACAGGAGUAUAGCUGCUCAUACCGUAGUUCUCCUGAUGCGCAAGUAG